AUGCAGACCACGUCUUUCUGGGCUGCACCUUACGAAAGCAGGUGCCAGAGCCUCGUUCACUUCAAAUCGUUCACAGCAGAGAACUACAAGAAGAUCAAGCAGAAGGAGCAUCAGAAAGUGCAUAAUUUAAGACUCAAGAGCCAGCAUGAUUCUUCAAACAACGGUUACGACAUCAUAUUUCAGGCUGGCGGUACGAAUGCCGCGCUGACGAGUGCUGUCGGACGAGGGCUGGAUGCUGGGCACGACUGUGUUUUGGAGGCAUCUGCAUUGUCCCAGACUGAAGGUGGCCAUGAACACGAGUCCGCAACCUCGCCAGGUCUCCUGCUGGAGUCUCCGAGCGUUUCACUAGGGCUGGACGAGGGUGUCACAUCCUUUGUCUCCGUUCUCAAUGACCAAGAAGUCGCAAAUUCACCAAAAAAUUGCUCUGAACCAUCAGUAGCGCCUUCUCACCUUGGACAUGCCUUCUCAAUGCUUACCAACGAUGAGUUUGAAAUGGACAAAGGAGCGACCUUGCCAAGAGAGGCCGCUCUCAAGGCACCGGAGUCUGGCAUAGAUCCUGCUGAUGGAUGUCUUUCAAAUUAUACCGACCUGAAUCGAGGAUCGGAUCCGGACGCGCAUGCCGCCUUCGCAUCUUCGACGUUAUCGGACAGUAUGGACUUUGGCGAAACUCAAGUGACCACUGUCAUAACAGAUGCUGAGCACACAAACGGUAGCUCCAUGUUGCUGCAAGCCUCACAGACCUCUGUCGAAGGGUCACUUUUCUUAAACGAGGACACAGAUCUCGGCCAGGAGUGGACGCAGCAGAAGGACAGCUUGCUGCACCAUUUACGAAGCACGGCAGGACUACCUUGGUCCAGGAUCGCGCUGUACUUCCCGCAUACUAGUAGUUCGGAAGUACGGCGUAGAUUUGCUGAGCACUUGGCAGCCGUGCCCGAGCAUGAGAAGAACGUCCACCCGCCCGAGCGAAAGAGGGGUCGUCCGCGGAAGUGCGAUCACCCUUUAGCUGGAACCGGACAACGCCGACGGAACCUAGCUGAAGCCGACGCGUCUCAGUCAUGUUCUACGCGACGCGGUUCUGAUGGCUCUCGUGCUAGCCCUGGUCUCGAGAUCCCAUCGUUAUCAAACCACCCAUCUCUUGCAAAGCGACGAGGUCGCAAGCGAAAGGUGACUCCCGCUUCAAAAUUUCAGACCACGAGGUCUUCGAACACACCAAUUUGGACUGUAGAUCGAAUCGUGGGAACUGUAGAAAUCAAUGGCAGACAGCACUAUAGAGUUCGAUGGGAAGAGACCUUGGAGCCUGUUGAAAACUUGCAAGGAUGUGCGAACACUGCUAUAGCGGAGUAUCAUCUACGACACGUACUCUAG